AUGCACGACCUGCCCCCUGACUCGGGUGCGCGGCGGGGCGUCGGGGGUUUGUCGGAUCGCGCCUGUCCCGCGGAAGCCCGGGCUCCGGGCCAGCCGCCUUCCCCCCGCGGCGCUGCGGACCGCAGAGCCUGGGAGUGGGGAGGCGGCGGCCGCCCUAGGCAGCAGGUGUCCCCGCCCCAGUCGCCUCCGAGGGAGUUGGGGGAAGAACGGCUGCUGACUCCUCGGAUGCCGCUGUCCUGCAGCAGAAGCCUCGAGAGCCUCCGGGUGGGUGCCAAACCGCCUCCCUUCCAGCGGUGGCCGAGCGACAGCUGGAUCAGGUGCGGCGCGCGCGGGGACCCGGACGAGCCCUUGCCACGUGGAGGCGGGAUGGACGGCUGGAGCGGGGGCAGCGCCCGAGCCGCGGCGCCCGCGGGCCUCCUGUCUCUUGGCUCCAAGGACCUCGGCCGCUCUUCGGGAAGCCCUUUCAGGGAUCCUGCGGGGUCCUGUGUGAUACACAGCGGCAAAGGAGACCGCCAGGCGGGGCCGCCCUUCCUCAAGCCUCCUGCGGUGACAGUCAAGAAGCUGCAGAAGUGGAUGUAUAAAGGGCGCCUUCUGUCCUUAGGAGUGAAGGGUCGCGCCCGUGGGACACCCCCCAAAGUCACGGGAGCGCAGGCAGCCUCCCCAAAUCUGGGCGGUUUGAAAGUGCAUGGAAACCAUGCCCUCUCGGUGCAUGCAGACCAAAGAGUGACGCUGACAGAUUUAUUUGAAAAUGUCUGUGGGUCUUCAAUGAAGAGAAAGGAACUUGAAGAUCUGAAGGAUAAUAUUGAGUUCAGAGGUCAUAAGCCACUUACCAGCAUCACUGUUUCAAAGAAACGCAAUUGGCUAUAUCAGAGUACUCUGAGAUCUCUUAAUCUGGAAGAAGAAAAUAAAUGCCAAGAUAGAAGUCAUUUAUCCAUCUCACCUGUUUGUCUACCUAAACAUCAGCUAUCACAGCCUUUCCCCAAAUCAUCUGAAGAAUAUUUUACAUAUGUGGUGUGUAAUGCUACAAACUCUUCAUUAUCAAGAAACUGUUUUUUAGACUCUAAUGAGGAAAAUGAUGCGGAUGAUGAAGGAGAAAUAUGGUACAAUCCCAUUCCUGAGGAUGAUGACGUUGCAAGUGCCUUGAGUUUAGGUGAGGCAAACUCUGCUGUUCUAAAGCUUCCUGCUGUCAGUUUGAGCAUAUUACCUGGUAGUGACUUUAUGAAAGAAGAUCGUAAUACUGAAGACCUACUGUACUCUUCCGAACACACAGAUGAUGUUCAGACCACACAGUCAAAUGAAACGAAUACUAUAGAAUCCAUCCAUUCUACAGAAUUUGUGCAGCAGUACAAGCAAAAGCUAGGACACAAGAUACAAGAAGGUAUAAUGGUAGAGGACAGUCCCAUGUUGAAAUCUCAUUUUGCAGGUCCUGGGAUCCUAUCUGCUACCAAUAGGACUGAAUUAGGAGUUACAGAACCAUCUUCUCCAAACCCUAGCCUGGUGAAAAAAGGCAAUUCAGUUAAUUGGUCUUUGCCAGAUAAAAUAAAAUCUCCACGAACUGUGAGGAAACUUUCCAUGAAAAUGAAAAGGUUGCCAGAAUUUAGCCGAAAGUUGAGUGUUAAGGGAACCCUGAAUUAUAUAAACAGUCCAAAUAUUACUCCUUCCUUGUCUAAAUGUAAUUGUCAAGAAAUUCAUCAUACUGUUAUUCUGCCUUCUGGGAGCACAACCACAGCUGCUAAGAGGAAUGUUAUAAGCCGGUACCAUCUUGAUACCAGUGUAUCUUCUCAGCACAGUUACCAGAAGAAAACCUCUAUGAGUUCUAAGUAUUCCUGCAAAGGUGGUUACCUCAGUGAUGGAGAUUCACCUGAACUUAUAAAUAAAUCUAGCAAACAUGGAUCUGAAAACAAACUUGGAAAAGGAAAAGAAAUAAUUCCAAAUAGUUGUAGCAAGAAUGAAAUAGACAUUGAUGCUUUUAGACAUUAUAGCUUUUCUGAUCAACCUAAGUGUUCACAGUACAUAUCUGGGCUCAUGAGUGUGCAUUUCUAUGGUGCUGAGGAUUUAAAACCACCCCGGAUAGAUUCAAAAGAUGUAUUUUGUGCAAUUCAGGUAGAUUCAGUAAACAAAGCAAGAACAGCUUUGCUCACAUGCCGUACAACAUUUUUAGACAUGGAUCACACUUUCAACAUAGAAAUUGAAAAUGCCCAACAUUUGAAACUAGUAGUAUUUAGCUGGGAACCCACUCCAAGAAAAAAUCGAGUUUGUUGUCAUGGAACUGUUGUUCUCCCCACUUUGUUCAGAGUGACAAAGACACAUCAAUUGGCUGUCAAACUUGAACCUAGAGGUCUUAUUUAUGUGAAAGUGACUCUUCUGGAACAGUGGGAAAAUUCUCUUCAUGGACUAGAUAUAAAUCGAGAACCCAUAAUAUUUGGUGUUGAUAUUCGAAAAGUUGUAGAGAAAGAAAAUGUAGGAUUGAUGGUACCACUCCUGAUACAGAAAUGUGUUAUGGAAAUUGAAAAGAGAGGCUGUCAGGUAGUAGGCCUGUAUCGAUUAUGUGGUUCGGCAGCAGUCAAGAAAGAACUUCGAGAGGCUUUUGAGAGGGAUAGCAAAGCUGUUGGUCUGUGUGAAAACCAAUACCCAGAUAUAAAUGUAAUAACAGGUGUUCUUAAGGAUUAUUUAAGAGAACUUCCUUCUCCUCUGAUAACAAAGCAGCUUUAUGAGGCUGUAUUAGAUGCAAUGGCAAAAAGUCCUUUGAAAAUGUCAUUAAAUGGUUGUGAAAAUGACCCAAGUGAUUCUAAGUACACUGUUGACCUGCUGGACUGUCUGCCUGAUGUUGAGAAGGCAACUCUAAAGAUGUUGUUGGACCAUUUGAAAUUGGUGGCUUCUUAUCAUGAAGUGAACAAAAUGACCUGCCAGAAUUUGGCCGUGUGCUUUGGACCAGUGUUAUUAAGUCAGAGGCAAGAGACUUCCACCCAUAACAACAGAGUCUUUACUGAUUCAGAAGAACUUGCAAGUGCUUUGGAUUUUAAAAAACAUAUUGAAGUUCUUCAUUACUUACUCCAACUUUGGCCAGUGCAACAUUUAACUGUCAAAGAAUCAACAGACAAUUUGUUCCCAGAGCAGAAGUCUUCUUUGAAUUAUUUGAGGCGGAAGAAAGAAAGACCUUACAUGUUAAAUUUGGGUGGCACUGAUUCAUCAGGAGUACUUAGGCCAAGGCAAACCAGAUUAGACAGUCCACUUAGCAAUCGUUAUGCAGGAGACUGGAGCAGCUGUGGAGAAAACUACUUUUUAAAUUCAAAAGAAAAUUUAAAUGAUGUGGAUUAUGAUGAUGUCCCUUCAGAAGAUAGAGAAAAUGGAGAAGAUUAUAGCAAAAUGGAUGGGCCAGAAAUAAUGAUUGAACAGCCAAUUCCCAUGUCCAAAGAGUGCACAUUUCAGACAUAUUUAACAAUGCAGACAAUUGAGUCCACAGUAGAUCGAAAAGUUAAUCUGAAAGAUCUACAAGAAAGUAUUGAUACUUUGAUUGGAAAUCUGGAACGUGAGCUCAAGAAAAACAAGCUUAGUAUGAGUGUUUGAUAUUGAGGGUUUUUAUUUGAUCUCUCAUAAUGUCUUGAAGUUUCAAAUCAAUUUUUCUCUCUUUCCUUGUAUGUCCCACAGUGAUGUUUUUAUUUUUUUACUGUUGAAAUCUUAAACUAAUUUCUAAUAAGUUCAUGUGAUUCAAUUAAAAACAUUAUUCUUUAAUAUAAUUUUUACUUAUUAGAAAAUUUUUCUGGGGGUAAAGAUAACUCGGACUUCUUGGGAUAUUUUAAUAAAUUUUGCCAAUUCUAUGGAGAUAACUUUCAAAUGCACUUAUAAGAUUCAGAUAAGUUAUUAGCCCUCAAGGUUUUUAUACUUUAAGGAACCGCUUUUCUGUAGCUGAGACAUAUGUUCCUUGUAGAGCAAUGUUGCAACUGCUCAGUGUGAUUUGCAGUAUGAAUCCUUACACACUGCAGUGUCAUUUGGUCACAUUUCAUUUGCAAUGCAAAUGCUGCUAUAAGAAAACAUUUUUAUAAAUAAAAGUAAAUUUGUAAAAUUAAUGUAUUCUGUAUUAACAUUAGUAAUUAUUUAAACUUAUAAAAAUUAAAUAUUUUUAUAAUCCUGAAAAUAUGUAUAUAUUUAUAAGUGCGUAUAAGUAUUAGAAUGGGGGGAGGGGUUGACUGUGGAAUCACAUGUAUUUUUAAAGUAUAUAUGUCAUGAGGCCAAAAUUAUUAGCUUAAAAUGUCUUUUUCAGGGUAAGGACAUUUAAGUUGAGGAGUUACAUAAAAACGCUUGAACAAAAAUACUCUAGAAGCAUCUGAAUAGAAAUAAUAGACUUUCUUUUUUUGAUUCACAGAUAGUCACAAUAUCCCCUGUGAAAAGGCGUCUUUUAAAUUAAAAUCCUGUAACUCCUUAAGGGAUUAAGUGCCCAUAUCUCUGCACUGGUGACUUGGAUUAAAGAAAUCUAAAUCUAUUCUAUGCAAUUUUGUAUUUGCUUUAAGUAUUUAUUUGUAGUGGUACAUUUAAUACAGUUACUUUAUAAUUAAAGCCAUUCGUUUCUAAAAAAUUAUCUUGCCGGCAUACUACAUGUUAUUAUUGAUUUUUAAAAAUUAACUUAUUUUUGCUAAGUAUAUCUAUAAUGUAGUCAUUAUAGCAGUCACAACAGUGUUUGAAAAUGUAAGUUUAGAAGGCUUUUUUAUUAAAUCGGGAUGUAUUUUUUAAACUUUUAUACUUAGAGAAUGUGUAACUUAAAAAUUAUGAGGGUACUUCAGAAUGUUUGUGGAAAAACAGAAUCUUUUAAAUAAUGCAACUAUUUCCAUGAACUUUUUGAAGUACCCUCAUAUACAUAAAAUUUAAAUGACCAACUUUAAGGUAUAGCAGCCAUUAAAAAAACUGACUUUCUGAUGUUUUUCUAAAUAUUAAACUAUUACUAUGCAAAUAUACAUUGGUAAAGAGAUACCUUGUUAUUUAAUUUGAAAACCAUUGUGAAAAAACAGAACUAUUUUUAUAUAAAAUUUUCGGUUUUUAAAGCUUUGUGUAAUAACUCAGAAUACCAAAAGAAUAUGUGACAGAUAUAUGUAUUGAAUAAACAGUCAAAAGAAAGUACUUUUAAAUGUUUUGUAGGAAGACUGUCUGUUUUCUUCCUUUUGUUUGCCAUAUGAUAUAUAUUGUAUGAAUUGAAUAAGUUGUUCCAGAAAUGUAAAAAUUUUAUUAAAAUAUUAUAACUUUGGUGUCAUGCUAUUAUCAUAAUGAUUUUAAAGAUCACUUAUUUUAAUGUCUUUUUUAAACAAAGGUGUUAGAGUAUUGGGCCAUCAUGUAUUAUCCAUAACUAUAUAUAAUAACAUUUAUCUGUCCAAAAUUGAAUUUUCCAGAAUCUGAAAUACUUUAAGGACCAUGCUUAUAUUAUUAUAUUAUUUUGGAUGAGAAUAAAGUUAAUUUCUACCAUCUUA